AUGCACACGGUUGUUUCCUCGGCGCCGCAGUCGCAGCCGCCCCCGGCGGCGCAGCCGCCUCCCUCUGGCCCAAGCGGCGCGGCCACCCCCGGGAGCCCUCAUCCCGCUCCCGAGGGCGGCUGGCAGGCCCGCCUACAUGAGGCAAUCAACAUGACCCGAACCUUUAUCCGCGGUUUUGGCCUCUUCAGCCGGCAAAUGAUGGACGCCUCCCGGAUAGGCAUGCUCACCAAGCAGGAGGACCGUACCCGGGAGCAAAACCUGACAGUCAACAAGGCCAAGCGCAAUGGCAUCGCCUUCAUUCCCUUCCUCCUGGUGUCAGCUCUGCCAGGCUCUUUCGCCAUCCUUCCCAUCUACAUUGCUCGCCUGCCGCACCUGCUGCCGCCGAUGUUCAUCCAGAAGGACACCCUGGUUCAGUCGAGUCAGCGCACCCUCACAUCUCAGAUCUACUCGCGUAAGGUGCUGCUGGAGACCUUUUCGCAGAUGCUGGCUGACUCCGACGAGGGGUGUCAGCGUGCCGCCGCGGCGCUCGAGCGUCUUCGUGCCAAUGUGGCCUGGUCGCCCAACGAGCGGCGGUACGCCCUCCACCGGUGGGCGCGCGCCAGUGUUGCCAUCGAGAAGGCCGGCCAGGUUCUUGAUGCCAGCCCCUUGGCCCUUAACAACCUCCAUAUUCUGGCACGCGUCCUUGACUGCCGGUGA